AAACUUUUUCAUAUAAGUAUGCCAUAUGGAACAUAAGCAAGCUUAUAUUGAAGUUAUCAGAAACGACCCGAAAAAAAUGUCUUUGGACUUUCAAGUUUUUCUCUUUUCUUCUCUUCCAUUACUUCUUGCUAUACUUCUUUUGAAAUUGUAUUUUUCUUCCUCAAAAUCCCACAUAAACCUACCACCAUCUCCACCAAAGUUACCACUAAUAGGAAACCUUCACCAAUUAGGCUCGGGCACGCACCGCGUCCUUCAAUCCAUGGCUCAAACCUAUGGUCCACUCAUGUUGCUUCACUUUGGUACUGUGCCGGUAGUUGUAGCUUCUUCGGUUGAUGCAGCUAGAGAUAUUAUGAAAACCCAUGAUAUAAUAUUUUCAAAUAGGCCAUUUUUAAACAUCGCUAAUAGACUUUUUUAUAAUUCAAAAGAUAUAGCUUUUUCCAAAUAUGGAGAGUAUUGGAGGCAAGUGAAAAGUAUUUCCGUACUCCAACUUCUAAGCAACAAAAGGGUUAAGUCAUAUCGACAAGUGAGAGAGGACGAGGUAGCUCAUAUGAUCAAAAAGAUCCAACGAGCUAAUGAAUCGGUUGUUAAUUUGAGUGAGUUGCUUAUUUCACUUACAAAUAAUGUAAUUAGUAGGGUGGCUCUAGGAAGGACAUAUGAAGGGAUGGGGGUUAAUUACAAAAACAUCCCAGUCCGGAUUGGGGCGAUGUUAGGACGCUUUUCUGUUGGUAGUUAUAUUCCAUGGCUAGCGUGGGUAGAUAGACUCACUGGGUUACAUCGAGAAGCUGAUCAACUUGCUAAGGAAAUUGAUGAGUUUUAUGAGGGUGUCAUUGAGGAGCAUGUGAACAAGAAAGUGGUUGAUGUGGAAGGCCAAGAUCUUGUUGAUAUCUUAUUAGACCUUCAAAGAGAUAACUCAACGAGUUUUUUUCUUGAAAGAUAUACGGUUAAGGCUAUCAUCAUGGACGUAUUUGGUGCUGGCACGGAUACUAUAUUCGCCAGCUUAGAGUGGGCAUUUAGCGAAUUGUUACGAAACCCACUUACGAUGAAAGAAUUGCAACAAGAGGCACACAAAAUAGGACAAGGAAGAUUAGUGAUCCCCGAAGAGGACAUAGCAAAAAUGCCCUACCUAAAAGCCGUCCUCAAAGAAGCGCUACGACUACAUGUUCCAGCUCCACUACUCGUUCCCCGUGAAUCAACAAAAGAAGUCAAACUACUCGGCUAUGACAUCCCAGCACAUACACAAGUAAUGAUUAAUGCAUGGGCGAUAGCAAGAGAUCCUUCAAUAUGGGAAGAACCCGAAGAGUUUAGACCAGAGAGGUUCUUAAACAUCCGUACCGAUUAUAAAGGUUUUGAUUUCGAGUUGAUACCAUUUGGUGCUGGACGACGCAUGUGUCCUGGUAUUAGUUUCGCAGAGACUAUUAUAGAGCUUGCUUUGGCAAAUUUAGUAUAUAAGUUUGAAUUUACAUUGCCAAGUGAAGAUGGUUUGGAUAUGACUGAAUCUAAUGGUAUCACCGUUCAUAGGAAGUUUCCUAUACUUGUCAUACCAACUCCUUGUGAGUAAACUAAUUGUUGCAAGGGUUUGUUAAGAAGAAAUUGUUGCUUUUUAUUUAUAUAUUAUAUGUAAUAAAUUGUUAUACUUUAUGUUAAGAAAAUAGAUAUAAAAGUUUGCUGCAA